AUGGUAAAAUCAUAUUUGAAAUACGAGCAUACGAAAACUUUCGGGCUCGUCAAUUCAAGCACAGCAAAUGUUAUAUGGUCUGCAGACAAAUCGACCACAUCAAGAAGUGGUACUUCUGGACGUGCUGUUGUAGCUGCAAACGAGGAAGUAUUAUGCUGGGAUAUAAGGAAGGGGGAGCUGCUGAGCCAGUGGAAGGAUAAGGAUUGUAAAUCACAAGUCACUGCUCUUGCGCAAAGUCAUGCCGAUCCAGACGUUUAUGCUGUAGGAUACGAAGACGGAAGUGUACGUCUCUGGGACUCCAAGAUUGCAACUUCUAUCGUCAGUUUUAACGGGCAUCGAUCCGCGAUAACUAUUCUUGGUUUUGAUAAGUCGGGCGCAAGGCUAGCAAGUGGAUCGAAGGACACAGAUGUUAUAAUAUGGGACUUAGUUGCUGAAGUCGGGCUUUUCAAAUUUCGUGGACACAAAGACCAGAUCACUGGCUUGUCUUUUCUCCAGCCGGAAAAUGCGACACAUGGAGAGGAUUAUGAGGAAACCAUUGUGGCCACAGCAGAUGAAUCCACCGAAGCAGAGGGUUUCCUGCUAACAACUGGAAAAGAUGCGCUCAUCAAGCUUUGGGAUAUUAGCUCACAACAUUGUAUCGAGACUCAUGUCGCUCAAACGAACGGAGAGUGCUGGUCGCUUGGCGUCUCUCCAGAUGGGAGUGGAUGUGUUACUACUGGAAAUGAUGGAGAAUUGAAGAUAUGGUCAAUUAACACUCCUGGACUCCUCAAACUAUCAAGGCAGGUCGACAGCUUGGCGGACAAUCGGAUUUUACACGAUCGGGGCGUUCUUCAUAGGCAGGGAAAAGAGAGAGCCAUCGGAGUCAGCUUUCAUCCACGACUGAACUAUUUUGCUGUCCAUGGGUCGGAAAAGGCACUGGAGAUUUGGAGGAUAAGAUCAGAAGAGGAAGUAAAGAAAAGUUUGACGAGGAAACGCAAAAGAAGGCGCGAGAAGUUGGCUGCCACGUCUGGCGCGAUGGAAGUGGACGGAGUCAAUACAGAGCAAGAUGAGAAGCCGGACGAUAUUUCAAGUGCUGAGAUCGGCGACUUUUUCGUCCCUCAUGUUAUAGUUCGUACUGGAGGAAAGGUCCGUUCCUUCGAUUGGAUCCAUACAAGGGGUUCAAAGUCCAUACAAACCUUAGUUGCCACAACGAACAACCAAUUGGAGGUUUACAGUGUGUUGACGAAAGAAAAGACAAGCAAGUCGAAAAGCGAGGAAGUGCCAGAUUAUUCCAGAACCCUAUCCGUUGAUCUUCCUGGCCACCGAGCAGACGUUAGGUCACUCGCUCUUAGUUCCGACGACAGAAUGCUCGCUUCCGCUUCGAACGGAGGAUUGAAAAUCUGGAAUGUAAGAACAUCAUCUUGCAUCCGCACUUUUGAGUGUGGCUACGCGCUAUGUGUCGCGUUCUUACCUGGCGACAAAAUCGUCGUUGUAGGUACCAAGUCUGGGGAUUUGGAACUUUUCGACGUAGCCUCAGCCGCCAUGCUGGAUACUGUGAAGGCUCACGAAAGCGCAGUAUGGACUCUACAAGUGCAUCCAGACGGGCGCUCAUUGGCUUCGGGCAGUGCUGAUAAGACAUCGAAGUUCUGGAACUUUGAAAUAGUCCAAGAAGAUAUUCCUGGCACAAAGAGAACGACGCCUCGCCUAAGACUGGCACACACUCGGACUCUGAAGGUCUCCGAUGACAUACUUAGUCUUCGGUUUUCUCCAGAUGCUAGGUUGCUAGCAGUUGCACUACUUGACAACACGGUAAAAGUCUUCUUCGUAGACUCACUGAAGCUGUUUCUCAACUUGUAUGGGCAUAAGCUUCCCGUCCUGAAUAUGGACAUCUCUUUUGACAGCAAGUUGAUCGUGACUUGUUCGGCCGACAAGAAUGUUCGUCUCUGGGGCUUAGACUUUGGAGAUUGCCACAAAGCAUUUUUUGCCCAUCAAGAUAGUAUUUUACAGGUUGCAUUUGUGCCUCAUAACCAAGAUGGAAACGGUCACCACUUCUUUAGCUCUAGCAAAGACCGCAUGAUCAAAUAUUGGGACGGGGAUAAAUUCGAACAGAUCCAGCGACUUGAUGGCCACCACAGCGAAAUAUGGGCUUUAGCUGUCAGCCGCACUGGAAAUUUUAUUGUCAGUGCUAGUCAUGAUAAGAGCAUAAGAGUAUGGCAGCAGACCGACGAGCAGAUCUUCUUGGAAGAAGAGAGGGAAAAGGAACUUGAAGAACUAUAUGAGAGCACAUUGACAACUUCGCUGGAACCUGAUAAGGAGGACGAAGACAACGCAGCAGAAGUGGGAACUGCUGGAAAACAGACAAUUGAGACUCUGAUGGCGGGGGAAAAGAUCGCCGAAGCCCUCGAAAUUGGCAUGGCAGACUUGAGGCUGGUGGAAGAGUGGGAGGUCGCGAAAUCUACACAGCCAAACAUGGCGCCACCUGCUCGAAACCCUCUUUUCAUGGCUUUGGGCGGGAUCAGUGCUGAAGUGCAUGUCUUGACUGUGCUUCAGAGAGUCAAGGCAGCGGCAUUGCAAGACGCUCUCUUGGUUUUACCUUUUGCGACCGUACCGAUGUUGUUCACCUUUCUUAACAUAUUUGCCUCACGAUUGAUGAAUAUUCCUCUUACAUGCCGAGUCCUCUUCUUCAUGCUCAAAACACAUCAUCGGCAAAUUGUGGCCAGCAGAACGAUGAGAGUUAUGCUUGACGGUAUUCGGAGUAACUUGAGGCUAGCUUUAAAGAAACAAAAGGACGAAAUGGGCUACAACCUGGCAGCAAUGAGGGUUAUAGGUGCGCAAGUCAAGGAAAAAGGAGUCAAGGACUAUGUGGAUGAAGACACUUGGGAAGAGGACAAUGGAAACCAAAAAAAGCGUGGAUUUGUUCAAGUAUCAUAG